AUUGCAAGGUGCACUCACUGAAGCAGGUCAAAAGGCCAUAGCAGAUGAAAUUGAUGAUCAUUUGAGAAACCACUUGGAAGGAAAGUCACCUACAGUAUUUAGGAAGAGGAAGAGAACAACCUUUGAAAUCAAGGGAAAGGUGCACUUUAAAGAUCAAAUGGCAGACAGAGUUGCUGAAAUGUUUGACAAGACCUUCACUGAAGAAGUGUAUAAGGAUCCUGAACUGUUUGUUAAAGUUAGUGCUGCUUUCAGGGAAAAUUACACUAUUCUAAGAGACAUUAGUCGUGGCUGCCUUGAAUGCCUCUUGCAAUUUGACUGUUUGGCAAACUUUGAGAAUUAUUGGAAAUCAUACACAAAUGGUACCCUGUCAGCAACCCUGGCAGCCUGUCUGGUCACCAGGGACCUGGUAGCCAAGAUGGGAGUUGAUGAUGUCACAGUUCUGGUUGAGAUGGAUGACAAUGACCUUGAGAAAGCAAGGACGUUCUUCAAUGAACUUGAUGUCGAGCAGCUGGAAACCUUGACUAUAACUGAGGGAAGCCGUACAACAGCAACUACAGGGGACACUGACUCUGGUGGUGCCAUGAGCUCAUCAGGCACUGGUGACAGCUCGGCACAACCACGCCUAAGAACAAAGUCUGGUGAUACCCUUGGAACAAGCCCUAGGCCACACCUGGCUGAAUGCACAAAGUGCUCUGCCAUGAAUGAAGAUCUGCAAAGCUACCUGAAAUGUUCAACUGGGCAUCUGAUAUGUCGUAAGUGCUUUGCUGAACAUAUCCAAACCAAUCCGGCAGUAAGUGUAAAUUGUCCACUAUGUUCCCAAGAUAUUGGCCCAUACCUCAAGGCCUCAGAGCACACAACCAAGGAUUCUGUCUGGAUCUUUGUAGUCGACUCCAAUCUUUGGGUGCAAGGAAAGAAGCUUAUUGGCAAAGAGCGCAAGUUUAAAGUAGCUGAAGAUCCCCGCAUCAGGAUCGAUGUUGGCCAGUUGUCCGAGAUUGUGGCGGAAGGUCGGCAGGUUGUGACCGGCACCCUGUAUGGGUCAGAGCCGCCCAAACUGGACACCAUCUGGAAAAAGGUACGACAACGAGGUUGGAGAGUCCCCCAGCCGAAGAAACGCAGCCAGUUCACUGGAAAAGAGAAGCAAAUUGACAACCAACUUGGGGUGGAUGUGACAAGUCUUGUAUGCAAGACAGAGGAAGGCAAGAGGGGAACAGUGAUACUUGUAACUGGAGAUGCAGAUGUGGUCCCAGUAUUGGAGAACAUUCUUCAUGAACCACCUUGGAAAACCGAGAUUUGGAUGUGGGAGAAAAGCAUCUCCAAGGAAAUCAGGUCUCUGCAACAAUGUCAUCCAGAUAGGAUGAGGAUUGAGCACCUGGAUGCCUACUCCAAGCGGCUGACCUUCACCAACUACACUUACCACAUAAAUCCAGGCAAGCACAACCAGCUCCUGACCCAGGCCAUCGUAUUUGAAGGAGUGCAGAAGCAGCCCGACUCCUUGAAGAUGAACGUCAAGUGGGUAAAAAGGAUGGAGGAAGUCUGUAGGUGGCCUUUCCAGUAUGCUUGGAUAUUUGAAGACAAUAAUGACAUCAAUGACCUACUAGUUGUCUUCAUUAAAGGGAAAGAUGCUGAAGGCACCUUCAGAGGCCCAGACCUUGCUGAGAUGCUGGAUUUGGUGAAGAAGGAUCCCUAUCUCCACUCUGUGUCUACCAAUGUCCAAGCCUACUUUUCUUACAAGCACUCGAGAGCAAUGGAUGACAGUGUCAACAUCUGCCUGUCCAAUCAGUAUAGUGGGCUUACAGACAUGUACGACAAAGUGGAGCAACUGGAAGAUGAGGGAUUCCACAGUCUUGAAGAAGAGAAGGAGGAUGAAACUACUAUACAAGUUCCAUUUCCCAUACACCAAAGAGGAGCUCGUCCACAUCUGCAACAGUUCCCAGUACAGCCUACGUACAGGCAACCUUCACGACCAGGUGCUCGGCAGCACCGCCCCUUCUAUCAUCCUCCAGUAACCUCACAGGCCAUGACUCCAUGGUCACCUACAACAGAAGCAAGUGGCGCCUGGAUCCCAGCUCCAAUGAAGAACAGACAAAGUCCAUACCGUCCAAGGUACUCAGAGCACUGUCCAAGGAAGUUCAACUGUGGCAGGGGCCGUCACUGUGAGUACACCCACACUCCUGAAGAGUUGGACUUUCUCAAGCAGCGUCCACCAGGCCUCAAGGUAUACAAAGUCAAGCUGUGUGAUAAGUGGAAAACAGGGUAUUGUAUGUCUGAGGCACGUGCAUGUAACUGGGCACAUGGGGAAGGAGAUGCAAGUUGCCUACGGUGCAACUGUCGGGGCCACCUAACAGACAAUUGCCCUACCUACAUGUAGAUAACAGAUUUUGGUGGUGAAUCAAACCAAAGAAGUAACACACAUUUAUCUUAAAUGAAACAUAAGGGCUUCCUCAACAACCACCUUGAAAUUACUUUAUUUUCUUGUGUUAUUUUUAAAUUCAUUUAUCAGAAGCAGCCUUCUGUCAUUGAUCACCUCGUGUCAUAAACAUAGGAACAAAAAAACCUAAUGAACACCAGAACACUCCACACCUGAAUACCAGCACCUGCUACAUAUUGGUAUAAUGCCUUAUGAAAGUACAUGUAGAUGUACAUGUACAAGGAUAUAUGGCAAACUGCUGUGACAGUUUCUAAAAAUGAUCAGACAACAUUUCUGAAAAAUUAGUUGACUUCAUCUGGCAAGAAGAACCAAAUCAGAAAUAUCAAUAAACAAGUUCAUUGAUACUAAGGUGAAAUGACAUCUUACUAGUGGAACUCUGGUGGAUGACAAGAGACUCCAGAAUAACCUCUAGUUACAGAAAUUCAUUUUUCUAGUGAAUACAGUAUGUGUAUAGCAAUUGAAUACAAUCUAUGACAAAGCUACAUUUUUGCUCUUAAGUUAAAGGAUUUUACACAAGAUAAUUAAAUAUUCAAUGGAUGUAAACCAGCGUGUACAAACAUGUGAUCUUGUAAUAAGUACUAAACAUAGAGCCAUCGUGUUUGCAGCAGCAAUGUUAUAGCUUGUCGAUAAAUGCAUUUCCUGCCAAUAACAAUUGGGUGAGAGAAUGAAAGCAUGUCAUGUACAUGUAACAUUAGUAUGCUGUCACUAAUGCCUAUGCACAACACACACUGGAUGAAUUUCAAAAGACUGAUACGUUUUCACCAACAAAACAGAUAACAUUCAAUAAAUGGUUUUACCUGCAUUUACCAGACUGAGUGUAUAUAAUGUACAUGUACAUGUAGGUGUACACAGUAUAUAAAUAUAGUCAAGAAUUCCAUUUUAACAUUUAUGGUGAAAUCAACAUAGACGUGCACCAUUGUAAUAAUUUGCUUGCAGCAAAUAGGACAUUUUUAACAGUUUGACUGUAACAUAUGCAUCAAUAAGUAGAUCAGAAUCAUCAUGCCCUUAAAAUCCCUGUGAAAACUACUUUUCUGCCUAUUGAUCAUCAAUGUAUGUCAUCUCUGCCAUUAGUUAAUAUUAUCCCAUGUUAAUGUCUAGACUCCUUGUAAGUGAAUAUUAAUUCACGAGACAGAAUAUGGUCAAAAUAUUUUCCAUGCAUAUAUAUGAACUUUAGACAUCAAAUAACUCAAGGAGCUUUUAUAAAUUGAAUUACUGCAAUGAACCUAUCUUAUAUUGUUAUGUCAUCUACUGUCUUGUUGCUACAUCUCUAUACUUGGUCCUGAGCUGAACACAUGUUGUCACCAUUCUUCACA